CCAGGCUAAUAAAUAUAGAGCAAGUCAUUCUUCAUCAUCUCCACACAAAAUCAUCCCAUUAGUUAGAGGAGAGUUUAGAGAGUUGAGAGAAGCUGUCCGGAGAGCUUCCUGUCGCCGGAGCAAGCCAUGGUGUUCGCCUGAAGUUUCGUCAUUUUUCCGCGGGAAUCAUCGUUUUACUUCGAAGUAAACAAAAAGAAUGAUGUGAUGGAAUCCUGGCGGCAGACGGAGCGAGAUGGUCAAAGUGGAUCUUCGCGGUAGUUACGUGGGACGAAGGAAGCAUCAAUAGCACCAAGAAAAUCUUUGUAACUGUCAUGUAUUUUAUUAUAAUGAACAAAGUGAGUAAGAGGAAACCGUGUACCUGAUGAAGACGGACUGGGCACCGAAGAAAUAGGAUGAAUGAUCUUUGCAGAAUGGAAGACAUAAUCAUGGAGAUGAGAAGGUAGACGACGAGUUUGAGGAGAUAAAGAGAAGGGGAAACCGGCGGAGAAGUGGUCUCCACCGAGGAAGUUCCCGGACUGGAAUAUGAAGACAGAGGCGGUGAGGGUGACGGACUACUGACAGACGAAGGGGAGGAUGCCUGGGACGAAGGAGAUGAAGGUUGUGACAACGGAGAAGUUCAAUCAAUGGGCGUAUGGGGUGGAUCAGAAUUCGGAAGAACUGGGAAAUCCUCCGUCGAAGGAACAGAAACUGGUUGAGAAGGCAUUCGGGUCAGAAUGGCAAACAGGAACUGGGUUUCAUUAAAGGUGACAUCCCAAGUGUGAAAAAAAUUAUGUGUUUCAAGAUUCUACACUCUGUUUCGUAAGUUACCCCGUCCAAUCUCCAUCUUCGACGAACGCUCCUGCAUUACACAACAAUGAUCAUUAAAAACAACAUGACAAGUAGUAUCACGAACCAAACAUCCAACAAAUAUCAAAUGACAGUGUAAAUUUGAUACAUAUAACACAUUAUGAAUGACCAAACUAAGGGAAAGUUGCACACUUUCCUUUUUCACAGCCUGAAUGCGAGUCCCAUCAGGAAGACAAAUAGAGUGAGGAUAAACAACCUCGAGAUUAAAUAAAUGUGAUAAAAUUCUUGUCAUAUGAUGUGAGUCUCCACUAUCAAUUAACCACUCACAAAGUGUGAAGUCAUCAAACCAUUCCUUUGAUUGGACAUAGAAGAGUCAAUAAGAGACAUUAACCAAUUCAUUUUAUCAUCAUUCAAUUUCGUAGCCAUGGGAGGUAGUGAAUUGCUGUGUUGGGCUACCUAGAAUAAAUCAAGGCCGAAGAAUCCUUACAAAAUUUGUUGCAAUUUGCUCACAAUUACAAAUUGUUUCCAAUUUGAAAUUUAUUGAUGGUAAAUAUCCUUCAACCACCACAACGGAUAAGGCCCAAUUCAAUCUUCUGGCGAAGGAUCCUUCAACCAGCACCAAAAAAAAAAAGCCCAACUUCUGGCGACGGAAAAAAACUGCAAUCGGGAUUCGGGAACAGCCUGCCAGACGAAGAUCUUCGAACUGGAUCUGCGGAUGAAGGCUGCCGGACGAAGACCUGCGAUCGGACGAGAUGGGAUGACAGCUUCAGCGAUCGGACGAAGGUUUCUGCAAUCAGACGGAGUCGGAGAAGACCUGCGGUUGGGAACAACACGAUGGCUUCUGCGAAUGAACCAGGUGUCUGAGUUUGCACGGACGGUUGAACAGGCGAUGGAUAAUCGCCGGAAACGACUGACGGAACAGGGUUUGUGGACAAGACGGAAAUUUCAGGAACUUUUAAUUCUCUGAUACCAUGUUAGAGAAUGAUUGGAACUUGAAUUGUAUUUGUUCAUUGAAACAAAGCCCCAUAAAUAAUAUGAAUAUGGGUGG